AUGAUCCUAGAUAAAAAUGGUGACGAAGAAACGAUAUCGGAACAACCUCACUUUCCAGAGCAACCGAGCAAACCAAACGAAGCUAACUUAGGUUCAAGUUAUGACUUAUCUCAUCCCAUUGUUCAUCAUGCCCUUGAAAAACAACAUAAAGACAGACAUGACUGUGUUGAUCUAGCCAAAAUGCUGAGCGAAGCGGGCGUACUUUAUGAAAUCACCAUGUCGCCUGAACAAUAUAUUCAGGCAAUUGAUGAUGUUGUCUCCAACGAUUCUAACCCGUGGAAAGACCAUCUUUACGAGGGGCACUAUUCUCAUCUUUUCAGACUGAUUACCAUGGCCCAGCAACUUUCCAAUGGCGUCAGGCCACGUGGAAACCCCAGAAGCAAAGCCUACCACCUUCAGACCUCCUUGACACCCAUAAGUUUACGUGAGAAUGGAUGA